UCCUCUCCGAUCUCAGUCCGUCUUGCCUCUUUCUCUCUACUAUGAAGGCAGUCCUCAGCACAUGCUUCCUUUGGGGCCUCUUUUCUCCAGUGGCACUACUGCAGUGUUAUCACUGUGUGGGAGAAGGUUGUAAAACACCAGAAAUUGAGAACUGCGCAGAUGACCAAGAUACUUGCCUUGAGGUAAUAUCUGAACUAUCAUUAGCCAAGAAAUAUCUACCAAGUUUCAGUGUUAUUAACAAGCAAUGUGGUACAGCCCAGAACUGCUUGGAAAACCUAUUCACGGUUUCUACAGGAGAUGGCGGGAGCUAUCGUUCGAAUAUCAAGUGCUGCUACACUGACCGGUGCAAUAACAGGAAUAUCUCUUUGCCAGAACAUACGGUACACCCUCCCAAUGGGAUAAAAUGCCCAGGCUGCUUUUCCAUCCAUUCCACCGAGUGCCCGGAAGGGGAGAACAUCACCUGCACUGGUGAUGAGAUGAAAUGCAUUGAGGGAGCCAUAGAGGUCUCUACAGUGGCACUGCGGCAAUGUUAUCACUGUGAGGGAGAAGAAGACUGUCAAAAUCCAAAAAUUCAGAACUGCACAGCUGAGCAAGAUGUCUGCUCUUCGGCACUUACUAUAAACUCACAAGAGAACUCCGAUAGUUUGGGCUUCCCUAUUGCUGUCAAAAAAUGUAGUAAAUCUCAGGAAUGCAUGAACAACUACUACAGCAUUUCUACAUCAGAUGGUAACAACCUUCGUUCGAAUGUCAUGUGCUGCCACACCGACCUCUGCAAUCAUGAGCAACUCAAUUUGCCAGACCGUGGGGGAAAUCCCAACGGUGUGAUAUGCCCAGCCUGUUUUGCUGUUGACGAAGAGUGCAACGCAGUGAAGAUCAGCUGUACAGGCGAGGAAACUCAAUGCCUUAAAGGAACUGCCAACAUUGCUAUAGAUUUACUUGGGGAGGAACUGCCUGUAUAUUUCCAAGGCUGCACAACGCCAAGCGCGUGUCACGUUCCACUUUCAAAGCUAGAUUUAGCCAACGAUGAUAUGACAUUUACCGUUGUCGAAAGGCAGUGCUCCAACGGCACUGAAGAAUUGAUGGUGUAGAUGGGAGAGUCCACAUCCCUCCCCUUUGCUGAGUCCACUAUUCUUGCACAAGGAGAGAGACGCUGGAGGCCAAGUGAUUAGAACAUGGAAAGUGUAGCAAACAGGAUUCUUGGGGUGUCUUCUCUGUAGAGGGUGGAGGUGAGGGGGCAAGCAAGGUGGGUUUGGAUGCUGGAACUAAGCACAGGCCGAUGUGCAGGAUAAAUUUUCCCUGAGGCACAAACAAAAUAAAUCUGCA